AUGUACGAAGAUCAGACCGAAUUGGCAGGUCGGGCUGAAACGCUGACGAUUCGCAUAGACAUUCUGACUUCUAAAGCCAUCGUGACGCUUCGCGACUUGUGA